AUGGAGUUGAUGAUCGAACGUCUCCAGUUCUCGAAGACAGCCCAGAGCCGGGUCGACGGCGGAAUUCCGGUCAACGUCUCGGCAACGCGAAUAAGGCCUGAGGAUCGAUCGAAGCAAUUUGAAGACGGCACGUUCCGCGUAGAUACGGGCCGCUUACUGUGCAGUGUUUGCAAUGUGACGGUGGAUUUCACUCGUAAGCACACCUGCUUGAAACAUCUCAAUAGCAAUACUCAUAAGCGGAGAAAAGAACAGCAAGUGUUCGCCAGUGCGAAGAGAGCUAGUUUGGAAAAUCUGGAUGUUUCUACGGGUGGGACGAGCGAAAGGCAAGUUUUCCUGACCGGACUCGUCGACGCGUUUGCCGGAGCGAAUAUCCCUUUACACGCACUCGACAAUCGAAACCUGAGGAGCUUCCUGCAAGCCAAUUUCAAUUCUGAGACUAUUCCCACGGCAAGCCAUCUCAGGCGUUUCUUUCUGCCGAAAGCUUUUGAGGCUCAUUUCAUAGCUCUGAAACGGUGCUUGGCGAAUCGGGGAGCCCUCGCGAUCGUCUGCGAUGAAACGACCGAUGCCGAGGAUCGCUACAUUCUGAAUGUGCUGGCCGUUCCGUCAUGUGAGAAACAGGGUGACAAACUCGACGCUCUCCUGCUAGAGUGUGUAGUUCUCGAAAAAACCAACUACAAGACAGUCAGCGAAGCCAUCCUGCGCGUUCUGUUCAAGUAUGAAAUACCCACCCUGAAAAUCAGCGCCUUCGUGACUGACAAUGCGGCGUAUAUGCACAAGGCCUGGAAUUGUUCAUUGCGACCCGUGCUCCUGAAUUGCGUGCAUGUCACAUGCACUGCUCACAUUUUGAAUCUGAUUUGCGAAGUGUGGGUGUCGUCUUUCCAGGAGACGAACAGACUCGUCAGCGCCAUCAAGAAAGCUUUCACAGCAUCCCCCGCGCGCAAGGCACGGUUCAAGCAAUUUCUCCGCGAGAAAGGCGCACCGCAAAAGCUUCCACCUGCACCAGUGCUGACGAGAUGGAACACUUGGUUCGGUGCCGUACUGUAUCAUGCAGAUCAUUUGGAGGACUACUCAGAAUUUUUUUCGCGGGAGCUCGGGAGUAGUGCAAGCUCAAAUACGUCCGAAAUAAUCAUCCUGUGUGGCAGCGUCGACGUUCGGCAACAACUCGAUCAACUGAGGAUAUACGCGCCCCAUCUCAUGGCCAUACUGAAGAAGUAUGAGGGAACCGACAUAAAGGCGCAUCUCGUCAUCGAUGACCUCACUCAGCUAAUCGAGUGGUUCGACGCAAGCUACACGGACACGGAGAAUCUCGCCUGUACGGCCACUGCUUUGAGGAAGUCAUCGCGGAAAUUGCAGAGCUACAUUUGCGCAGACAGCGCUGAAAGAUUCUGUCAGCCGGCAGCCUUUUUCUUUCGAGCUUGCAGGGUGUUCGAUCCUUCGAGAGCUAAAACCCUCCGAAUGCCGGACAGCUUUGUAUUCGAAAAUGUGCCCCUGUUUGAAACAGACGCGUCGAUAGUGUGGCCGCCGAAAGAUCUUUUAGUCAGUAUUCAGAUGUACUCCGACGAUCGUCGAUCCAUCAAAGAUGACAACCUGUCGAUGUACAAUCUUCUAUACCAAAACGCCG